GUUUAGAAACGCGACUGUUUACAUGGGCGACUUUUAGCUGGAACAUGUCGAGACAAGUGCCCAAACCAAAACAGUGCUAAACUUUACUUUAAAACGCGAAACUACCAGUUACGCGUCUUCUUUUGUCACUAAUACCAUCGCUCUGUGCUUCCGUUGUGUUGAAACCGCAAGAAUGUUCGUUUUGAGCCGCGUUUUGUUCUGUGGAGGCGUCAUGGUCCCUGAACGCACCUCCCUCACUGUGUGUCAAUUCUCCGUUGUUCACCGCCUCACAUCCCCCAGGAAAAACAGUCCCUACAGCUCUGUGGACAGUGAGCGCUAUUCCUCUCUUGUAAAAUCCGUCAUGUCCUCCCGGAUCAGCUCUCAGACACCAGAAAGCCUUCAGGCUGAAGACGAUCAGGUGUAUGGACCGGUUGUCAAAGCGCAGAUGCCUUCACGGAAUGAACCCAGGGUACCGAAAAUACUCUAUUCUCUCUUAAACUCUGAACGAGCUAUAGAAACUGAGGAUCCAGAGACCGGACCACCAACCCGGAUUAUGUUAAAUCGGGGACAGGGGAGACCGUUUGUCCCGAGUGUGACUCGCAUUCUUCAGCAGACCCUUUCUCCAGAGCAGAGCUUCUACCUGGAGAGAUGGAAGAGGAGGAUGAUCGCUGAGCUUGGGGAGGAAGGCUUCAAGGCAUACAGCCAGAAUCUUUUCAAACAAGGGAAAGAUUUCCAUGCAGCUCUGGAGGGCAUUCUGACCUCUGCCGAAACAUGGAAAAGUGGGAAUCUCUUGGAGACAUCAGAGUUUCCUCCUGAAGUACAAGGAUACGUCCAAAGCAUCUCUCACGUAUUAGAGGACGUCAGAGCAGUGAGGGCCAUUGAAAGCACUGUGCAGCACAGUGCCCUGAAUUACUUGGGAAUUGUGGACUGUGUUGCUCGCUACAAGGGUGUGUUGUGUGUUAUAGAUUGGAAAACUUCGGAAAAACCCAAACCAUUCCUCAGCAACACCUAUGACAACCCUCUUCAAAUAGCAGCAUAUGCUGGGGCUCUGAACAGUGAUGACAACUACAAAUACCAGGUUGAAAAUGGGCUUAUUGUUGUUGCCUACAAAGAUGGCACACCGGCUCAUGCUCACCAGGUGAACGCAGAGCUGAUGUCAGAGUACUGGAAAACAUGGUUAUUACGUCUUGAAGAUUUCAGGGAACCCAGAUCAAGUGCUUCAUCAAGUCCAUCUCCUGAAAAGUGAGACGUGUCAAGAGAUCAGCAGCGACAAAGCUCCAGCUUGAUAACUGAAGCCUGAAAUAGAAACUAAAAAAUUAGAAAUCUUUUUUCUAUUUUCUAUUUAUUCUCAGAUCUUAUUGUUUUUGAAACAAAUGCAAAUAAUGUGCUCACACCUUGUAAUUAUGAUUUUUUUUUUAUGUUUCAACUAAUAUA